GACGAUCGACUCGGGCAAGUGUGCGCUUGGCUUCAUUCGUUCGGCGACAUGGCGGCAGAUCUCAACCAGUUUCAACAGCUUCUAAAUACACUCCUCAACUGCACAGAUAAAGAUGUCCGGGAUCGGACGGAGGAUGCGUAUGCUAAUCUCCCGGUGGAAAGCAAGGUGACAUUUCUUUUAACUACAAUUUGCAAUGGCACACUUGCAGAAGAAAUGCGCACCAUGGCCGCAGUGUUACUGCGCCGACUUUUCUCCUCAGAAUUUAUGGACUUUUACUCCAAGAUUUCACCGGAGGCGCAAGUUCAGCUGAAAGAACAAAUUUUAUUAUCAGUUCAAAAUGAACAAAUAGAACCUAUUCGACGUAAAGUCUGUGACAUUGCAGCUGAAAUUGCCAGGAAUUUAAUAGACGAGGAUGGUAAUAAUCAGUGGCCAGAGUUUCUUCAGUUCCUAUUUCAAUGCGCAAAUAGUCCAUUGCCGGCAUUAAAAGAAGCCGCGCUCCGUAUGUUCACAUCCGUCCCAGGUGUAUUUGGAAAUCAACAAGCGAAUCAUCUCAAUCUUAUAAAACAAAUGUUACAACAAUCUGUUUUAGAUGUGACAAAUUAUGAGGUCAGAUUUCAAGCAGUAAGAGCAAUUGGAGCGUUCAUAACAUUACAUGAUAAAGAAGAAAAUAUACAUAAACAUUUCUCAGAACUAGUUCCAGCACUUCUACAAGUAACCGCUCAAUCUAUAGAAAAGCAAGACGAUGAUGCUCUUCUAAAAGUAUUGAUAGACCUUGCUGAAACCACACCGAAAUUUCUCAGGGGGCAAUUUGAUAAUACUAUGCAAAUGUGCAUGAAUGUAUUCUCAAAUGAAGAUAUGCCUGACAAUUGGAGGCAGUUGGCAUUAGAAGUUUUGGUCACUCUGGCGGAAACUGCACCAGCUAUGGUACGAAAACUUGGUGAAAAAUUCAUUGUACCGUUAGUGCCAUUGGUAUUGAAGAUGAUGACUGACUUAGAAGAGGACGAAAAAUGGAGUUUGUCUGAUGAAAUCGUUGAGGAGGAUAAUGAUUGUAAUAAUGUAGUUGCGGAAAGUGCUUUAGAUAGAUUAGCGUGUGGUUUAGGAGGAAAAACGAUGCUACCACAAAUUGUGCAAAAUAUCCCUUCAAUGUUAAAUAACAGUGACUGGAAAUAUAGGCAUGCAGCACUUAUGGCUAUCUCAGCUGUUGGUGAAGGAUGCCACAAGCAAAUGGAACCGAUUUUACCACAAAUAAUGGACGGUGUUAUACAAUAUUUACAAGAUCCACAUCCGCGUGUAAGGUACGCUGCCUGCAAUGCAGUAGGACAAAUGUCUACAGAUUUUUCACCCAUAUUUGAAAAGAAAUUUCAUGAUAAGGUUAUUCCUGGAUUAUUGAUGGUGUUAGAUGAUAAUGCAAAUCCUCGAGUUCAAGCUCAUGCUGGUGCCGCUCUUGUUAACUUUAGUGAAGAUUGCCCGAAAAAUAUUUUAAUUCCAUAUCUCGAUGCCAUAAUGGCUAAACUUGAAACAAUAUUGACUGCUAAAUUUCAUGAACUAGUUGAGAAGGGGAAUAAGCUCGUGCUUGAACAAAUUGUUACAACGAUUGCUUCUGUUGCUGAUACAUGUGAAGAGCAGUUUGUGGCUUAUUAUGAUAGGCUAAUGCCUUGCUUAAAAUACAUUAUUCAAAAUGCAAAUCAAGAACGACACAAAAUAUUACGAGGCAAAACGAUUGAAUGUGUCAGCCUCAUAGGGCUAGCUGUUGGCCCAGAAAAGUUUAUUGCUGAUGCUAGCGAAGUUAUGGAUAUGUUACUCAAAACACAUUCAGAAGAAUCUGGUGAUCUUCCUGAUGAUGAUCCUCAAACCAGUUAUCUUAUAUCUGCAUGGGCCAGGAUUUGUAAGAUUCUUGGAACACAAUUUAAACAGUACUUACCAUUGGUAAUGGGACCCGUAUUGCGAACAGCUUCUAUGAAACCUGAAGUUGCAUUACUGGACAAUGAUGAUAUGGAGGGUGUUGAAGGUGAUCUUGACUGGCAGUUUGUUUCAUUAGGAGAGCAACAAAACUUUGGAAUCAGAACAGCUGGUUUGGAGGAUAAAGCUUCUGCAUGCGAAAUGUUAGUUUGUUAUGCACGAGAAUUGAAGGAAGGCUUUGCGGAUUAUGCCGAGGAAGUGGUACGAUUAAUGGUACCGAUGUUGAAAUUCUAUUUCCAUGAUGGUGUUAGGACGGCAGCUGCGGCAAGUUUGCCGUAUCUUCUUGACUCUGCUAAAAUAAAAGGUUCACAGUAUUUAGAAGGCAUGUGGGCAUAUAUCUGUCCAGAUCUGUUGAAAGCUAUUGAUACAGAACCGGAAUCUGAAGUGUUAUUGGAAUUGUUGUCCUCCUUAGCAAAAUGUAUUGAGACAUUAGGCGCAGGUUGCUUGAGCGCACCUCAUAUGACUGAACUUUUACGACUUUUAGAUAAGUUACUUAAUGAACACUUUAACAGAGCAGUCGCUAGAUUGGAAAAACGAAAAGAUGAAGAUUAUGACGAGAUCGUCGAAGAACAACUUGCUGAUGAAGAUAAUGAGGAUGUAUAUACUCUCAGCAAGAUUGCUGAUAUUUUACAUGCCUUAUUCGCAACAUACAAAUCUUCAUUCUUCCCGUAUUUUGAUCAAAUAUGUGGACAUUUUGUAAAAUUAUUGAGUCCUGAAAGAUCAUGGUCGGAUCAUCAAUGGGCUUUGUGUGUUUUUGAUGACGUGAUAGAAUUCGGAGGACCUGAAUGUGCAAAAUAUCAAGAGUUCUUUUUACGACCCAUGAUCGAAUACAUUUCCGAUAAAUCUUCGGAAGUUCGACAAGCAGCAGCGUAUGGUUGCGGAGUUCUAGGUCAAUUCGGUGGAGAAGGCUUUGCACAAGCAUGUGCAGAAGCUUUACCAAAAUUAAUGGAAGUUAUUAGCGAUCCCGAGUCUAGAUCACCGGAAAACGUAAACCCCACGGAAAAUGCUAUUUCAGCAGUGACUAAAAUUCUGAAAUAUAAUAAUAAAGCAAUUAAUGUCGAUGAAAUUCUUCCCCACUGGCUAACUUGGCUGCCGGUUGUCGAAGAUGAAGAUGAGGCACCUCACGUAUAUGGAUACUUGUGUGAUUUAAUCGAAGCAAAUCAUACAGUAGUUUUAGGGACAAAUAAUGCACAUUUGCCUCGACUUAUAAGUUUCUUUGCCGAGGCAUUAUUCAGAGAAGCUGUGCCUACUGACCAUCCUGUUAUGUCUAGAAUUCUUAGUAUCGUUAGAGAAAUACAGAACAACGACACAAUGUUCCAGGCGACCAUAAUGCAAUUGACAACAGAUCAACAACAGGCGCUUCACGAGGCACUUAGCACACUAAGUUGAAUUCACACAUCGUAAUAAGUAAAAAGAAGAUAAAUACCCGCGUUAAUUAAUCUCCCGAAGAAAUCGUAAAGAUUGUAGGUAUAUUGUACCUAUCAAACAUUCGCUCCAAGCCUAGUUAUACAUAUAUGCAAAUAUAUUUAAGCAUCCUACGUAUUAUCCACGUACUUGUUGAGUAUAUAUUUCUGUAUCAUCAAAUAAUUCAAUAACUAAUUAAUUUUCUAUCAUUCAUCAUCAGGGAUUGUUACUAAACAUUUGAAGUAAAAAAUUAGAAUUUGUCACUGUUUAAUUUACAAUGUACAAUUUCAGUGAAUGAAAACAAAAUGGAAGAAAUUUUAUUAAUUAUGAAUGAAUUUGCAGAAUUGACAGAAUUUAGAAAAAUUAUUUAUAUGUCCUUCAAAUAUUUUAAAUUCAUUUUAUACAUACUUUUUUUGCAUCAUAUUGGUUAACAUUAUUAAAAAAAAAAUUUAUGAACAAUGACGUUGACUUAAAUCAGAUAUUCAAACGAUAAUGUUCUCCUGCCAUUGAGAGUCGAACGAUACUAAAUUAUCUUGGCUUUGUAAAAAUUGCAUGAUAUGACAUGCAUAUUGUAGCUUUAUUAUGCAAACACGUAACAUUAAAAAAUUAAUAAUUUUGUCAUUAAUCUUUCUAAAUUGUGUUUACUUAAACAUCUAAAUUAUGUCAUUCUCGAACUAUUUCUCGUCUCGACAAAAUAACAGAGCUAAUGCAAGAUGGACUGGAAAGCCUCAUCGUAGCCAUGAAGCGAACGCGUGACAUUGUGAUUUAGAUAUUUUUAUUAUUAAAUUUAGAUACAGUAAAUGUUAUUUAAUAGUAAUAUCGAUAGUGUUACAAUGUUGGGGUCUGUAUACAAAUGCCUUUUGAAUGAAACGUAAUGGAUCGUUUUAAAAAUUUUAGAUUCGAGAUCCACAGAUAUUAUAAUGGCGACGUAUAAUGAACAUCUUUUCUUGUAUAAAGUUACGUUAAAAAAAUAUUUGUUUACAUGCUGCAAAUUUUUCGUGUAAUUUUACGGCUAAUUUAGAUACAGUAAAUGCUGGGUCAUAUUUAUCUGUAUAUUUAGCUGUAACUUUACAAUACGUUCAUGUCCUAAACCAAAUGUUAUUUGAAAAUACAAAAAAAAAUAUUUACAAAGAAAGGAUUUAUACAAAGAAGCGACGUGACAUGGAAUUGAUUAAAUUCUAUGCAUUACGUUUCCUUCGACUGAUGUAGCACGAUGGGAAUCAAGAACGAAAAAGGACUGACCUAAAUAAUCUGUCUACAAACAGCUUCCCCUUUCUAUUUUUAUUACUAUUUAUUUAUGCAAAAUAUGUGUAUUCCGAUACUUGCGACUGUAUCGAAAAUUCACCGAUGAAAAGUUUAUCUCGUAUAUCUUCGCGGCUGCUAUUAACAUAAAUGCUCCAGAUAAUAACCUUUUUUUACCAAGACCGUGUAGAGAAGUAAAAGUAAAGAACGAACAUUUAUUUGUACAUACAUCAAAAUAUAUAAAAAUAUCGCGAAUAUAGAGUUGAAUUACUCGAUUGUAAGUAUCGAUAUAUGUACGGCAGGCACUGCCUCGUUAUUUCACAAAAAAUCGACAACACAAUCUUGUAAGAUGCACAUACUUGCAGCAAAUAUAUCAGCGAAAAUCAAUACUGGACUGUUUAAUGCGAUACGCAUUUGCGAGAGAGAAAGAAAGAGUAAAAAUCAAUGUGGAAGAAAAGAGAAUUAUAAGUCUUAUAUAGAGAUUAUUUUAAAAUCAUUAUUAGCUAAAAUAAAUCUCAGCUUUGUAA